UUCCACUCUUCAACGAACUCGAUGAAUGCAACAGACUAGACCUUUACCCGACUGUCAUCCUGAGCUAUCUGUCAUAGACUGGCCUAGUUUUCGGGAGUAUCGCGUUGAGAACUGGCGACUUGCUCGGGAUGGAAGCGGGAAUGUUGUUCGCGGUGCGACAUCAUGGGGGUGGAUUGACCUUUGUCUGCCCGUGGUCAUCUCAUUCAUAUGGCCAAGAUUUCGCGGCAGCACCAUGUUAUGUGCAUUCGUCGUCCUGGUAGUUGGGUUUACCAUUUACUGCCGUUGUGUGCAAGUUCUUCAUGAAUCUGUGCUAGUAUUUCCAGCCAACGGUAUACAGCUCGAGACGCAUCGGGGAUACCCUUUGCUAAAGCCACUCUUCGUGUCUAGGCGAUUUAUUCACGCAUCUCUUUUAGAAGACUUCGUCAUAAAUGAAGGUUUGAGAAGAUGGAACGUCCGCUAUUAUCUGGCUGCUGUGCACGGAUCCACCACAGACAAGAUUACUUUAGAUGUCGCAUUUGAGAAUAUUUUACCACACUUUCCUGUACUCCUUGAAGUCUAUCAAGGAGUGCAAGAACUCAUGUUCUACAACCGCACGGACAAUAGGCAUACCCCCAUAUAACAUACCAUCUAUUUUUUCGAUCAAAAACAAUUCUGUCCCUCACGCAGCGUUCUGGGCCUAUUUCCCAUAGUUUAUCGCAUUAGCUAGCACACCACCAGCAGGAACAGCUAUGAGGACGUCUACUCCUUACUCCCUGCCUCACUCUCAUAUGCGCUCAGAAUGUCAUCGUAGCCUUCGUCGUCCCCUUCUUCUGCAGCACUAUCUCUAGUUUCCCGCGCCUCAUGGAAGGAAGAUCUACUAAGCCGGACAACCGAUUCCCCCGAGAUUUUCCGUGAACGCCCCACCGUAUCUGCAGACGCCUUCCGCCUAGGACGUGGAGAAUGCGACGACAAAUUCGG